AUGAUCAACGGGUCUUGUUUUUAUGAUGAUGAGGACUCUACCCCUGAGGAGCCUGAUGAUGAGGACUCUACCCUUGAGGAGCCUGAUGAUGAGGACUCUACCCCUGAGGACCCUGAUGAUAAGGACUCUACCCCUGAGGAGCCUGAUGAUGAGGACUCUACCCCUGAGGAGCCUGAUGAUGAGGACUCUACCCCUGAGGAGCCUGAUAAUGUGGACUCUACCCCUGAGGAGCCUGAUGAUGAGGACUCUACCCCUGAGGACCCUGAUGAUGAGGACUCUACCCCUGAGGAGCCUGAUGAUGAGGACUCUACCCCUGAGGAGCCUGAUGAUGAGGACUCUACCCCUGAGGAGCCUGAUGAUGUGGACUCUACUUCUGAGGAGCCUGAUGAUGAGGACUCUACCCCUGAGGAGCCUGAUGAUGAGGACUCUACCCCUGAGGAGCCUGAUGAUGUGGACUCUACUUCUGAGGAGCCUGAUGAUGAGGACUCUACCCCUGAGGAGCCUGAUGAUGGUGAUCCUACCCCAGUGGAACUUGAUGCUAGUGCAGAUACGGGUCAUGUGAUCACAAGGAGUGGUCGUACGGUUAGGCCACCUACUCACUUGAAGGACUAUGUUACAGACUUUUCAAUUUUCUAGAAAUGUUAAUUUUCAUAUAGUGUUAUUUUGCAUGCGAAAUGUUAGGUGGGGAGAGAUGUAGUGUGAACUCGCCCUGCAUUAUGGGAGUUGAUAUGCAAGUCCGCACGGCAUUGUGGGUGUUGGUUUGAGAAUUCGUGGAAUGAGUUGGUGUGUAUUAAAGCUUGUUGUUGUGUUUGGAA